GCAAGUCCAACAAUUCAAACAGUUUUUGGAGAACAGUCUUUGACAGAGAACUCUGAAAGUCAAUCAGCUUCAUCAGCAACCGGAACAAUAUCUGCAAAUCCAACGAUUCAAACGGAUUUUGGACAACCGCCUGUGACAGAGAGCUCUGAAAGUCAAUCAGCUUCAUCAGCAACUGGAACAAUAUCUGCAAAUCCAACAACUCAAAAGGAUUUUGGACAUCAGUCUUUGGCUGGGAGCUCUGAAAGUCAAUCCGCAUCAUCAGUGAAUGGACCUACAUCUAUGUUGGACAGCAACCUUUUGCAGAGAGAUCAGCUUCAACAGCGGAUAGAACCAUAUCUGAACAUCCAACAAUUCCAAUCGGAUGUUGGACAGCAGCCUUUCGCAGAGAGCCCUGGCAGUCAAUCAACUUUAUCAGCAAAUGAAACAAAAUCUGAUGGACCGACGACAGAACCAGACUCAUUCAGUUACAAAUUGGCAUUCGUCUUUCGAUUGUGCGUGUACCCACCAAUGAAAUUACAAAAUGGCAAAUUGAAAUUAAGCACUUUUCAUAUAAUAUGGUUUAUUUUCCAUACAGCUAAACUGGUUUUGCUUACAUCGCUAACAUUCAAAAUUGGUCACUGUCGAGAAAUACUCGCCUUCACUGUCACAGACGGAUACAUAACUCUUCAGCAUACAUUGCUUAAAGACUGGAUUGCAAGUUUCGAAACUUUGCCAUAUCCUCCAGCACACGGACAAUUUGCUUCAUAUACCAUUGACGAUCUUAAGAGUAGAAUAGAUUAUACUGUUUCACAGGAAAGUUGUUUUUAAUUAUAAUAGGCACAAUUUACCUCAGAAAUUAUUUUGUGUCUUCAUUAGAAUGGGUUAACAUUCGUCUUAUACUUUUUUGCAUAUUUUAUGCUCAUCUUUUGGAGAAAGUAGAGCUGAAUGUAAAAUUAUUUAUCAUAAAAAUAUAUCAAAAUUGUAAACAAAAUAAUAUUUCGACUUCCUUUCAAAAUACAAAACCACUAUAACUGUACUAAUUGUAAAAAAACCGCAAAAGAAGCAAAGGAUGAAUAAGCUUUAUGAUAAGUGAGAAACUUUUGGAAAUUGUAUUGAACUUUAAAAAAUUGGGGCCUUAAUGGGCAUUCGAAACAAUAUCCUUUUUCAAAUAUAAGUCAUCAAUUUUUCUAAGUUAUAUUUAUUUUUGUAUACUAGCAUAUUGGGGUAGGACAAUUAUUAAUGGGAAUUCAAAUUCAUCUAGUCGUUUUGAAUUCAGCUAUAAAAUGGAUUUUUUGCAAUGUUAGACUACCAUGUAGGUUCACAAAAUCCUCGCAGAAAUACAAUGUAUUUCUGUCAAUUAUAGCACUUCUACAUGUUUUUAUGUAAUAAAAGUUUGUUAAACAUGAAUCAUAAUUGAUUUUUGUUUUUGUACGAGAAUUUAUUUGGAAUGCUAUAUAUAACAAAUUUAUUUUAAACGAAUUUAGGAUUUUUAUUUUACAGAUUUACAAUAUUGAAGCCGAGGCAAAUGGUCAUUUUAUAAAAAUACCAGAUGAUCAAGUAACUAUUAGAAUUGGUUACUACGAUUUGAUAAAAAAUCAAAAUGGAACUGUCUCAAAAGUUAACGUUAGAGGAUGGUACAAUUUUGAGCCAAGCUUUGGAUUAACUAAGUUUACAAACACAGAGAACAUUACUGAAUACGAAUACGAUCUUACCAAAGAUUUGGACAGAAUGAAUCUCUCAACUGUUCUUCAUAGGAUGCUAAAGCUUGAUGUCAACUUUGCACUACAUUCAAUAAGAGUUGAUUGGGACAGCCAAAAUACUAGAUGCCUCCGUAUUAAUGGAACCGUUUCGUUUGACAAUGUCAACAAUAACGGACAGGUAGUCAUCAAAUUAACGACUCUCACGUUUCCUAUAAAUUGUGACUUUUCUACCAAUGAUCAUAAACAGUGUGAACAAGAGGUCGAGGAAUAUGAAUGCAGUAUAGUGGGAGGUUUUGCAAUUUUGACCGUUCUUGGAGAUACCGUACUGUUCUUAGCCGGGAUCAUCAUAGUCAGUGAUUUUUG